AUGCCCAGCAUCACUAUCACCGAUGGGUACACUUUCAAUAACUGGGGCCCGGUGACCACCACCUUCACCGCGCCAGCCAGCUGCGCAACUGCCAGCAAUUUCUUGAUAGGACACAACACAUCGUUUCCUUUCUUUAACUUGGCGACGCAAUGCUCCACAGAUGGCGGUCAUGGCUGUAUCCCCACCGGCACCGUUUCCCCACCUCUUACUCUUGAUCCCAAUCCAAGCGUGAUCUACGAUUUUCCACAUUACUCCCCGGGCUUAUACUGUCCGUCCGGAUGGGCCACCGUGGGAGUAGCCGCCCGCGACGGCGACAAGUCCCCCACCUCGUCGGGUGUUUUAAGUAUCUCGAGUUCAACCAUAACAGAUUCGCGGCUCAUCGAGGUCGACUUCGCCACAUUCAAGAACCCCGCUACGAUGUUACCGGAGCUUCUAGACCCAAGCGAGACUCUCGUGGUUUGUUGCCCUAGUUCCAUGACGGCCAACAUUAAACUCGGCUGUUACUCGGCUGUCUCCGAUCUCGAUGUGACCACGGCAUGUCUUCGUAUACUUGAUGAGUCAGAUAUUGGCACAUCGACAAAAACCUACGCUGUGAAUGGGACCACCUCCACGGAUCUCCUCAUUGUCAUGACUGCUUCGUAUCCUGAUAUUGUCAGCACAACAACCUUCGCUUCUUCGGAAUUGGAUCGGCUUGGCGCAAUCUCUGUUAUGCCUAUGCUUCCACUCGUGCACCAUCAAUCCGAUAUCAAGACAACUGGAACAGCUGGAGCGGCGUCCACAAAGGCUACGUCUACUUCCACCUCGGCGGCUACGUCGAACUUUGCGGUGAGACUUGCCCCAAAUGUCAAUUCGUGGGGUGGAUUGGGUGGUAUCCUCGGUUUAUCACUCGCUGCGAUUGUUUUGGGUGCUGCUAUGGUCUUCCAAUAA